AUGAUACCGAAAAGGAAUGAAAUUGUAAAGAAGGAGUGUUUAUUGAGUGAACGAUUUAUUUGGAACCGUAUUCGUCCAUUCACAGAUAAUAGUUGGUUCCGUAAAGAUAAAAAGAAAAAAAAAGAAAGUACAAGAAAAACGGCUCGAAACUUUCAGUCUUCGUUUUCAGCACAAAAACGAAAAAAAGAGAAGAGAGGUGGCACGGAGAGACUCAUGAAAUAG